AAAACUUUUUCCUACGUUAUCUGAUACUAUCACCCCUCUUAAAUCUUGGUUCAGACCAAUGUGAUUGGCAACAAGAUUGCACGUUAGUUUCACUUUGUCCCGAAACUUAAAUUUUUUUUAUGUAUUUACUAUACUAUCAACUCUUAACAACUUUCUCCAUUUAAAAAUAUAUCUAACUAUGCAAAACUGUUCCAUCGAUAGAUUUGUUUUAAAACCAUCUCAAUUGAAUACAGAAAUUUCGAAAGUUAAAGCCGCUAUAGAACGACAAAAAAAAGUAUACAAUUCUGUAACUUUGUCAUUGCUGCCAGAUAAAGGCGCUAAACUAAAACACAAGAUCAAUGACUUAGAGAACUUGUUAAAAGACUUGACAAUUUCAGCUGUUGAAUGUUCUAAAUCCUCUCUUUCGGAGACCGUUUCUUCCAACGUAGUGAACAACAAAGAACUAAAAUCGAAUAGCUUAUCGACUAUAAAAGAUGGCAAAAUAAACUCAGUUUUUUCAACUAGGGAGCCCAAAACAAUCUCGUCACCAACAAAAGCUGUAAAAGAGCAGAAAGCAGUGUCUGUUUCUUCAAUAACAGUUAAGGAGGUCAAAUCAAAAUCUGAUUCAUCCGCAAAAUGGAUUUCUGUUAGUUCUACAUGUGACAGUGGUUUUCAAGAUGGAGACUCAGAUGAUACUCUGACUAUUUUAAAAAGCUCAACAGCUGAAAAAUUUACUUCUUUUCAUGAAUUGAGUAAAAAGAUUGAGAAAAGUUACCCCGACCCAUUAAAAGAAGUAGUAAAAUCUCCUGCUUUUAGAAAUUAUAGGAAAACCGAUGAAAUUCCUAAGACUAAGUUAACCGAAGCUAAGCCCUUAUUUGAAAAAGAAAAUUUAAAAAAAUCCUCUCACAGUGCUUAUUCUGUUAAUCAUGUGACAUGUCUUGCUAAUGAAGAAACCAUAAAACAACUUCAUGGAUCUCUUGCAAUUUUUCCUAAUGAUUGUGAAGAUGAAAAACAACCCAGACACCUUUUAGUGCCCUUGAUGAAACAUCAAAUUAAGGCAUUGUCGUGGUUAAUGUGGCGUGAAACUCAAACGCCCAGUGGAGGAGUUUUAGCGGAUGAUAUGGGUUUAGGAAAAACGUUAAGUAUGAUUGCACUCAUUUUAAAGCAACGAGAAAAAUAUUUAAAAGCGGUUCCAAAAAAAUUGGAUGAUGACGUCACGAAAGGAACAUUAGUUGUUUGCUUAGCUUCUAUAAUUCGUCAGUGGGAAGCAGAAAUUAAAAAGUACUGUAAAAAGGACUCGGUUAAUGUUCUUGUUUAUCAUGGAGCACAACGGAGUAGGGAUGUUCGAUAUAUGAGAAAUUUCGACGUUGUCGUAACAACAUAUCAGAUUUUGUUGUCUGAAAGUAAAUCUAAAGAAUCUGGUCUGUUUCAGCUGGAAUGGGAAAGAAUUGUUUUAGAUGAGGCGCAUACCAUUAAGAACCAUUCGUCUAAGACGGCUGCAGCUGUCUUUAGUCUUAGAGGUUUAAAGAAGUGGUGUGUGACUGGCACGCCUAUUCAUAAUGAUUUUAAAGAUUUGUACUCUUUGGUGAAGUUUUUGCAAUUUCAUCCAUUCGAUGAUUAUAAGAAAUUUAAAAAGCUAACUGAUGACAAGACUGAAGAUUAUUCGGAACGUAGAAAUAUGCUGGUGAAGAGCAUGUUAUUGAGGAGAACCAAGUCAGAAGUUGAUGACUCUGGUAAACCGCUGGUUAAAAUGGUUAAAAAAAGUAUUUUGACUAAGUAUAUAGAAUUAUCUCCCGAGGAAAGAAAAGUAUAUGAUGAGCUGCACAAGAAAGUGACUGAUGUAAUAAUGAGAAGAGUAUGUGAUAGCUCAUCAAAAAAGUUCAACAAUACUUCAUCUCUUUUAGUUUUGUUACUUCGAGUUCAACAAUGUUGUUGUCACGUUAGUCUUCUCAAUCAAGAAGCCGAAGAAUCGGUGGAUGACUCACUAAAUGAUAUAUCAAAUGCAUUAACUUCUUUGUCUAUAUCUAGUAGUCCAAGUCCUGACUCUAGCUUUAAUUCCAACUUAGACUUAACAUUCAGUGAAUACGAGAGUCAUAGUAUAAAUGAUAAAUCAGUAAUGAGUUCAAAAUUGCUCAAACUGUUCGAGGAACUGGAUAAAAUAGCUGAGGAGUCAAAUAAUAGUGCAAAAAGUGUGAUUGUUUCGCAAUGGGUCUCCAUGCUUAAAUUAGUGGAGCUGCACCUUAAGAAGAAAAAUAAAAUUUAUCAUAUGAUAGCUGGUAAUACUAAGUCAGAGGAAAGACAGAAAAUGUCUGAGGAUUUUAAUUUUAACUCUGACAGCCCUAAAAUUUUGUUGCUUUCAUUGAAAGCUGGUGGAGUUGGAUUGAAUUUGGUUGGAGCUAACCACUUGUUUUUGUUGGAUUUGCAUUGGAAUCCAGCUUUGGAAAUGCAGGCUUGUGACCGUAUACACAGAGUGGGACAAAAGAACGAAGUAUUUAUUCAUAAAUUUGUGUGUAAAAAUACUAUUGAAGAAAAGAUUUUAACCUUGCAAAAUACAAAGAGCAACAUGGCUUCUAGUGCCUUAAAUAAUGCUGGAAAAAUUAAAAAAGGCAUAUCAAUUGAUGACUUGAAAAUGUUAUUUAAUAUCAAAUUUUAAUUGUUUUUCAUUUUAUUGAAGUACUCAUUGUGUUUAUAAGAGAUUUAAAAAGUAUCUAUUUUAAAGUUAUAUAAUAUUUUUAUGUGGUAUAUUUCUGAAUUGUGAUCUGGUACCGUAAUUUUAAUUGACAAAGCAUUAUAUGUAUUUUAUGUUUAAAAAUUUUUUCAAAUGACCAUGUUGAGGUUGUAGGCUGUCAGCCCGUAGAAACCCUCUUCGAGUUGGUCCUAUUCUGUGAUGUUUUUUUGGCUUUUCGCUACCCGGAAAUUAUGGUGUGGUGAUUAUUUUGCUAUAUCAUGAUAUAGAAUUCUUUUCAAUGUCUUUAUUUCACAAUACUCUGACUAACCUUUAUUACUAACCUUUCUGAGUUCACAUAUUGAGUUUUUAAUACUUCACAUUUGUUAUCUUAAUAAAAUUUAUAAGUUUAACUUUGCAAUGUUUUAUACAAAUUUUAUUAAACCUUCUUUGGGGUGUUAAUAGGUGCUGUUUCUCACCAAGGUUGGCAAAUUUCAGGAUUUUCUUUUUUUAAUGAAUAAAAGAAAAAGAAAAAAACAGAUUUGAUUUGAAAUAGAUUUUUCUUAAUUUAAAUCAUAUAUUUUAUAUUUACCAGUUGAAACAUCUGAUAAAAUGUAUUAACACUGCUUAAAUUAUUUAAAAACAAAAAUAUAUCUGUAAUACUAACUUAAAUUUUUCAAAAAUUAUUAUUUGUUACUUACUACUUAUGGAAUAAAAAAAUCAUGGUUAUUUUAUUUUUAUUCUAAUUAAAUAUCUUGAAAUUUUUGAAAGGCACAGUUGGAUAUCCUUUGAAGAGUUAAAAUUAAUGUAGAUCAGGAUAGAAAUAAAGAAAACAAAAUUGUUGCAAGUUUUUCUGGGCAAAGCAAUUCUUAUUUCAAUUUUAAUGAACAUUAACUACAUAUUUAAUAUGUUUUAAAAAUACUUGGAAGUAUUCAUAUAAACAUAAAAUGAAAUAGGUGUCAUUGUAGUAUGUUAAUUGCCAUCAAAUUAUUUUAUAUACAGCUAAUGUAAAAUUAUGAUUUAUCAGUAUUAAUGUUAAUCUUCACCACUUUUAGCCUAUUAAUUUUAUUUAUUUUUUAGUCUUUUUUAAAAUAUAAUAAUUUAUCCUUUCAUUAUUUCUUGGAUAAAACUUUCAUUAUCAAUGAAAACAAACUUUAAAAAGAGUCCCACCCUAAAGAAUAUAUUUAUAAAAAUAUUUCUCACCUAAUAGCUUAAAAAACAAGCAGGUGAUUCAAAUCUAUUUAAAAAAAGAAAAGAUUUAAAUCAUGCCUAUCCUGUUUCUUUCGUUCCAUAUUUUUUCAAUUGUAUCCCCAACAUUAGAAAUAUUGUUCAUUUGGUAUUCGUCAUUUAACUAUUAAUUGUAUAAUUUUUAGUUUCUUCAUAAUUUUGUGACCCUAGUCAUUACUUUUUAAACUUUUGUGUGAGUUAGUGCUAUUUUUAAAAGACAUAUACAUGUUUGCUUUAUUAAGUAAAGUGUUUAAGUAACGAAUAAUUCUAAAGUUAACAGUAUUUGGAUUCAUAUUUUUGUAAAUGGGAAAAAAAAUGUUAAUAAUGCUGAUUAAAAAUUAGUUAAAUGUUUUAGGUUAGUUGUGUAAAAUUAUUAUACAUUUGUAGGAGUAAAAAGGAAAGUUAUGCAUGGACAAAAGUUUGAGUUUUUGUUUCUUUUCACAAACAUCUAGAAAUUAUAAAAAUUAAAAUGUCAAAUUUCGGAGCUUUACUCUGGUUUGCUCUAUUCUUAAAAUUGUAUCUGAUAUUUAAUGCAUCAGUUAUGCAACAAAAUUAUUUUUAGGUAUUUUUAAUUUAAUUCAUAUUACUAUGCAAUGUUCAUCUAGUAAUUUUAUUGAAAACUUUGAAUUAUACAUAGAAAAUGUCAAACAAGUAAGCUCCUGACAGUUCGGUCUAAUGUGGUGUAAAAGUGUGCUGUAUGACAAAAUCCAUUUAAAUGCAUGAUACACAUUUUAAGAUAGAUAAUUACUGCAAAAGAAUAUUACUACCUAAUCACUACUGUUUAUUAAUUUACUACACAGGUGUGAAAAGUUCAGACCCAACAACCACAUUAGUAGAAUAAAUUUUUUUCUCCUCCAACUCUUAUGUGAGCUUAAUACUCUUAUAAUGAGCUUAAUAAAUGACCAAAUAGCCAGAAGCCUGCUGCAUUUUAGCAAUAUAUUUUUAGACAUCUUUUCUCAAAUUGUUGAUAUAGAAUUUGAUUGCUUUUUCUAAAGCAUUUAGAUGUUUCAAAAAUAUGUGCAGAUAUAAAAUUUAAGCUUGUGCGUUGACUUUUUUUUUGUAGCAUUCAAAUUUUUUUUAAACACUGAUUUUAAAUAAUUGUAAAAUGCAUUUAGCUUAUUGACUAUUGUAAGUUACUUGGUUAAACUAUUGACUGUUGUAAGUGAAAUUUGGACAAGACCAAAAAUAAGAUUUAAAGCUGACAUGCUUCAUGUGAUCUACUUGUAAAUAAUUUUUGUGCCUUUUUGAAAUUUGGACUCUUAUAAACUGUACUUAUGAAUGUUAUUUUUUUUUUUUUAAUAAAAGAGUUGAUUUUGAA